UGUCAAAGUGCUAUACCCGAAAGGCUAAAACCCCUCAACUCUGAUAAUUUGGGUUCUCCAUCGGCAAAGUUUGAUCAGAUGGGUGAUCGAAGAGAUGAGUUACCUCCAACUCUACCUUCUUCUAGACCCCAUCAUCUCCGUCAACGUAUUACUAAACUAUUUUCACGGAAAUUGGAUUGGGCAUCUAUUAGGAAAAUGUGCAAAGAGUGGUUCAAAAAACCGCUGAAUAUUGUAAUCUUUAUCUGGAUUGCAUGUGUAGGUGUUUGUAGUGUAAUUAUGCUUCUUCUGAUAACGGGGGCUUUGAACCAUGCCCUCCCUAAGAAAUCUCAGAGAGACACAUGGACUGAAGUGAUUAACCAAAGUCUUAAUGCAUUGUUUGGUCUGUUAUGUCUGUACCAGCACCCAAAAAGGCUAUCUCACUUGAAUCUUUUAUUGCGAUGGAGGCCAGAAGAUAUUUCGGCGCUCAGAAGCGCUUACUGCAAAAAUGGUACUUAUAAGCCCAAUGAAUGGAGAAACAUGGUGGUGGUUGUCGUAUUACUGAAUCUCAACUGUUUUGCUCAAUAUGCUGCGUGUGGGCUUAAUUGGGGUUUCAAGAGAUCCGAAAGACCAGCUACUUUGGUAGGCAUAUGUGUCUUAGCUGCAGUUCUUUCCGCUGCCAUUGCUGGACUUUACUGUACGCACAGCUCUCUCGGAAAAGAUUAUGACAGUGAGUUAGAGGAGGAAUCACAAGCUCAAAAAAUAGUACCAUUGGAAAAGAGAUUUUCUUUUGCAUCAGAUAAAGGGAGAGUUGUUGAAACUAGACCACAAUGGAGUGGAGGCAUUCUUGAUUUUUGGGAUGAUUUUUCUACGGCAUCUCUGUCUUUGUUCUGCUGUUUUUGUGUUUUUGGUUGGAAUCUGGAGAGACUUAGGUUUGGAAAUAUGUAUAUUCAUAUUGCUACUUUUCUGCUCUUCUGUAUGGGUCCUUUCUGGAUCUUCAAUUUGGCUGCUGUUAAUAUUGACAGUGAUUCUGUUAAGAAGCUAUUAGGAGGUACCGGAGUUGUUCUUUCUCUCUUUGGGUUACUCUACGGUGGAUUUUGGAGGAUUCGGAUGAGAAAAAGAUACCAUUUGCCUUCCUACAAUACUUGUUGUGGUAAACCUGAGGUUGCUGAUUGUGCACUAUGGCUUUUCUGUUGUUGUUGCUCUCUUGCUCAGGAAGUAAGGACUGCAAACUCCUAUGACAUCGUCGAGGAUAAAUUUUGUAGGAAACAUGAAAAUAUAUCACCAUUGCCUCGUGAGGAGGGGCGAUAUACGUAUACUUCAGCUACUCCACUUCAAACAAUACCAAGCCCCAGCAGAUCUGCAGACGAACUUCAUAGUCCUGAGAAUGUGAUAAUCAUACCACCUUCUCCUUCAGUUAUACAAAGAGAAGAGGAAAACCUCAAACAAAAGUUGUAAGCUAUAGCUAUGUUGUAUUUCAAAGUGAUCAUAUAUUAUUCUCUGUAAUAAUGUUGCACUACCCUGAUUCUUUCACAUUUUUAGUCCAGUGUUUUUAUCACUUCCAAUUUUUAAAAGAU